GACAUAUCUGGCAACGAACAUAAUUAUGUUAAUGGUGAUGGUCCUCCUGCCCCUUGGGAACCUUCUCUAUGUAAAUUUUUUGUCAAAGGGCUGUGCAACAGGGGCAACCAAUGCUCAUAUUCUCAUUCACUUCAAGCAAAAAGAUCUGUCUGCAAGUUCUUCCUUUCUCUCAAGGGUUGUAGAAAUGGAGAUAAAUGUGAAUUUUCUCAUGAUGUGGGUCCAUCAACUUCAUCAUCUUCUCGACCAAGUUUAUGCUUGCCGAAAGAUGAAAUUGUGGAUGCCAAAUCACUUCUGGGAUUGUUUCCCACAUCUUAUGAUGGAUGCAUUCUUUUAUUGGAUGACACCGAUUUUCAUUUCUCCUCACAUCUCUCUCGCCACUAUAAUCCAUCCAAGAUAAUAUCUACAACAGUUCUAUCUGCUGGCUCCCCACUUGAUGCAUCCCUCUCUGGUGUCAGAAUUCUUUGGGGCCUUUCUCACCCCUCCCAGACAAUUAUCUCCAAAGCAGAGGACAACCCAAUCCCAUGGAGUGAAGUCAAGUGUGUCUUAUGGUUUCCCAAAUUCGAUAGUGACAGUGAAAACUUGGAAGAACAGAAGAGUCUUUUGCAAACUUUCUUCAAGUAUCUGGCCAUCCGGAUAUUGGCAGAUGAGUUGCAUGAAGUGCAAGUAAUCCUUACCAUGAACAAUAUUCGGUUUUCUCGAUUACAGGUAAUAGUUAAUCUUUUUGUCAAAAGGAAAGUUUGAGGGUUUUUCCAUAUUCAGAUCUUGCUUUGGAUCUCUCUU